UUUCUUUUCAUUGACUUGUUAUUUCAGUUCUAGAUUCAUACACAAAUCAUUAAACUAAGUCAAUACUAAUAAUAAUAAUAAUAAUAAGAUGCAUAAAGUAGAGAAAUUGGUUGUUACUCCAUUAGCUAAAACUCCAUUUGGUUGUUCAAUUACUUUACCCCAUUACGCCAAUAAUGAUCCAAGUAAUUUAAAUGAUGAAGAUUUCAAACAAUUAUAUGAAGCUGUUCUUACUUAUUUAGUGGUUAUUAUUCCAGGUCAAGCUGAAUUAUUACCAAAAUCUCAAUAUGUUUUAACCAAAAGAUUUGAUCCAUCAAUUCCAGAACCAAAACCAGAAUCUGGUUUUGCUGGUUAUGGUCAUGGUAAAGAAUUUAGACAUACUCAAUCUGUAUUAAGAAAAGAUGGUACCUCAGUUAAAUCUCAACCUCAAGUUCAAAUCUUAGGUCAAGGUGUAUUUGAAGCUGAUGAACCUGGUAAUGAAAAUGGUGAAACCAUUAGUUUAACUCAUCCUUCUCAUACUUCUUUCCAUCAUAAACCUUUAACUCAAGAUCAAAUCAAAAAUGAACAUAGAACUAGAUUCUAUAGAUGGCAUAUAGAUAGUGCUUUAUAUGAUUUAUCUCCUCCUUUGAUCACUACCUUAUUAGGUAUUAAAGUUCCACCAUCGAAACAAACUCAAACUGUUGUUUAUGAAGAUGGUUCAGGUGAUGAAUUAGAAUUAACUCAAGGGGCAACUUGUUUUGUUAGUGGUGCUAUUGCUUAUAAGAAUUUAAGUGAAGAAGAUAAAAUCUUUGCUCAAAAUACUACUGUUGAAUAUGCUCCUCAUCCAUAUAUUUUUAUUUCACCUGCUGGUGCAACUUCUGAUGGUUUAACUAUGGUUAGUGAAUCAAAAGAAUUUGCCUUUGAUAAAUUACCUGAAUGGGAAGAAUCAAAGGUUAAAAAAUUACCAAUGUUAUGGACUAAUCCAGUCACUAAGGAACAACAUUUACAAUUACAUGGUUGUUGUUUAUAUAAAUUGCAUACAAAACAAGCUGAUGGUACGGUAAAAACCUUGGAAUUAAAAGAUGCUCGUGAAAAGGCUCAUCAAUUAAUGAGACCAUCAAUUAGUCCAAAAGAAGUUUUACCCCAUGCUUGGAGUCAAGGUGAUUUAGUCAUCUUCUACAAUAGAGGUGUUUGGCAUUCAGUUACUGGUGAAUUCAAAGGACUUGGAUCGGAUGGUCAAGAUGAAAGAAGAUUAAUGCAUCAAUGUAACAUUGCCAGUGGUCAAGAUCCUGUCUAUGUUGCUUCAGCUUAAGCUUAGUAUACCUUUUCAUCUCUCUUAUUUGAUAUUAAUUCUAUAUUUAUAUACAUACUCGUGUUUAGGAAAAAUUUAUGUUAAAUGAAAGGUAAUUAAAUUAAUUUUAUUUGAAA